AUGGCGACCUAUUUUCAUUCAAUUAAACGAUUUUUUACCAUUGAACGUAUUCAUCAUGGUAUUCAAGGUUUUCUAACAGAAUAUGAAACUCCAAAAAUCGUUACUAUUCAUAGUAUAACAUUUGCUAUUAUGUUGCGUGUAAUGCAAAUUUUAUUAUUACUUUACGGUGUUAUUUAUUUACUUAUAUUUAAACACGGUUAUCAAAAACAAGAUUCAUCCAUUAUUAGCUCAAUAACAUUAAAAGUGAAAGGAAUUGGUUAUAUAAAAACAGCAUUAAAUCAAACAUCAGUUAUUGAUGGUGCUGAUUAUAUUAUUCCACCAUCUGAAAAUAAUGCCAUAUUUGUUAUGACAAAUUUUAUUCGAACAGAUCAAAAACGUGCACUAUGUGAAGAAUCACAUGAUGUACAAGAAUCUAUAUGUAUAAAUGAUGAAACAUGUAAAAAAUUUUCAAAAAAUUUAUUACCAAAUGCAAAUGGACGUUGGACAGGAAAAUGUUUAAUAAAAGAACAAAAUUUAAAUGAUACAAUAACAAAUCAAACUGGACGAUGUGAAAUUGAAGGUUGGUGUCCGGUGGAAGAUGACCGAAUCCCACCUCAACUUGUUAAUGAAGCAUUAAAUUUUACACUAUUUGUUAAAAAUUUUGUUGAAUUUCCAACAUUUAAGAUUAUCCGAAAAAAUAUUGUUGAUAAUAUGAAACCAUGUAUUUAUGAACGUACUAAAGACGACAAGUGUCCAAUAUUUCGUUUAAGAGAUAUUAUUGAGACAGUUGAACCAAAUUUAGAAGAACGAGAACAAAUGCUAAGAUUAGGUGGUGUUAUUCGCAUUAAAUUAGAAUGGGAUUGUAAUUUUGAUUAUGAUGCAAAACGUUGUAUACCAAAAUAUUCAUUUGGUCGAUUAGAUGCACGAUUUACUGAAAAAUCAUUUUCUGUUGGUUUUAAUUUUCGAUUUGCUUCACAUUGGAAACGUUCACAACGACAAUAUCGAACAUUGACAAAAGCAUUUGGAUUACGUCUUAUUAUAUCGGUUAGUGGACAAGCAGGAAAAUUUGAUUUUAUUACAUUAACACUUAAUAUUGGAAGUUUAAUGGGUAUAUUUGGUCUAGCUACGUUUAUUUGUGAUAUUGUCAUGUUACAUUUUUGUAAAAAGGCUAGUGUCUAUCGUCAAUACGUAUUUCAAAAAGUUCAUUUAAAUACACUUAAAAAUAGUUCGACAAUGGAGACUAACUGUAGUCAUCUAUCACGAAAUAAUUAUAAUAAUAAGUCUAUUACGUUAGUAGAUGAUGAUAUUAUUAGCAUUCAACGAUCACGAGCAGGAACAAUCACAGAAUUAAGCAAUUCACGUCCGUUAAUUGUCGAUAAUACAAGACAACAACAAAAAAAAUCUAUCUCAAUGGAUACUAUCAUACCAUGA